AUGUUUAUUCUGUUCCUCCUCAGUGUCUAUGGCUGUCCGCUGGCCAAGAAGAGGAAAACUCUGGACAAACAUGCCCUGGAACCACCAGCUAAGAGGACGUCCUUCAUCACCUCCUGCCUGGCCAAAGAGGUGAAGGAGGAACCUACAACAACUGGACCCUACACCAGAUACCAGAACAAAGCCAUUGAGGACCAGGGGGAGGUAGAGCAAGAAGAUGAGGAGGAAGAAGAUGGUGAAGUGGAAGAGUUCUCAGAUGGCAAUGGGGAGCAGGGAGAGGAGGAGGGUGAUGGUGAUGAGGAGGACCAAGAGCAAAUUCUUCAUCAGGCAGAGAACCAGUACCAACACAGUGGACAGUCAAAGCUGGUUCUAAUCCAAAAGGACAACAACAACAACCGUUGUCACAUUGGAACCACCACCGGUGAGGAAUAUGAAAACUAUGAUGAGCUGGUUGCUAAGUCACUCCUGAACCUUGGUAAAAUUGCAGAGGAUGCCUCGUACCCAGCUCUGACUGAGUCUGAGCUGAACAGUGACUCUUCGAACAGUGCUGAUGAGGAGGAGGAAGAGCAGGAGAAGGAGCAGGAGGAGGAGGACAGGAAAGAAGAACUGAGUGUGGACCUAAACAGUGAUGUAGUCCGUGAGACUGUGGACUCCCUGAAACUCCUGGCUCAGGGUCAUGGUGUCAUCCUGCCAGAAGAUGGAUACCCUGACAACACCAUGAUGAACAAUGGUGUCCCCACCAGUGGGCGGGGUCAGGAGGUCAGAUGUUUAGCAGCAGACGAUGGGGAGGAGAUGUGUCUCAGCAGUCUGGAGUGUCUGAGGAACCAGUGCUUUGAUCUGGCCCGAAAACUGAACGAGUCACAGUCAUCUGACUGGCCAAUUCUGCAUGGUAUCAACCCCCAACAGGUGGAUCCACAGGUGCUGCAACACCUGAACAGAUACAACACCUGUCUGCCAAGAGCUCAGGAAGAGCGCUGCUACUCCGACAUUAUGAACCUGGUGAAGCUGGACGAGCAGCUGAGCCCAACCUCCAGAGACUACAGCUGCAGCCAGGACGACGACGAGGAUACUACGUCUGUGGCCUCUGACCACUCUGAUGACACCUUCGACAUGGCCAAGGGAAACCUGUCACUGUUAGAGAAGGCCAUUGCCUUGGAGUCUGAGAGGGCAAAGGUCAUGAGGGACAGGAUGGCCUUGGAGCAUACAAUGCCCCAUCAAGACCAUCAUCAUCACCGACUAAAUGGCACUGCCGAAGAGCGCAGAUCAAGUAUACAUCAGGAUGGAUUGAAGAGAGCAUACUUCCAAAAAGAUUCUUCAAGGGGGGAGAAGAAGGAGAGCAAAUGUCCAACCCCAGACUGUGAUGGUACCGGUCAUGUGACGGGUCUGUACCCACAUCAUCGAAGCCUGUCCGGGUGUCCCCAUAAAGACCGGGUCCCUCCUGAGAUUCUUGCGAUGUAUGAAAAUGUGUUGAAGUGUCCAACUCCUGGCUGCUCUGGGCGAGGUCACGUCAACAGCAACAGGAACUCGCACCGCAGUCUCUCUGGCUGUCCAAUCGCUGCAGCAGAAAAGAUGGCAAAGGUCCAUGAAAAGACUCACUCAUCAGACAGCAGCAGCAAGGCCAACCAAGCCUCCGACCGCGUCCUCAGGCCAAUGUGUUUUGUCAAGCAGUUGGAAAUUCCUCAGUAUGGUCACAAAAACAACGUUCCCACCAGCACACCUCGAUCCAAUCUGACCAAGGAACUGGAAAAAUACUCAAAGAGCAGCUAUGACUACACCAGCUAUGAUGGCCAUGCAGGUGGCUAUGGAAAGAGGGGCUCAACAACCAAGCUCCACCAUGGGCGUGACACCUCCCCAAAGGGAUUUGACGUGAAGCGUUACUGUAAGAUAUCGAGCCCUACCAGCAGCACGACUAGCAGCUAUGCUCCAAGUAGCAGCAGCCUGAGCUGUGGAAGAGGAGAGGGAGGAGGUGCUGUAGGAGGAAGCAGUGCCAGCAGCACCUGCAGCAAAAGCAGCUUCGACUACACCCAUGACAUGGAGGCUGCCCACAUGGCAGCAACAGCCAUCCUCAACUUGUCGACGAGGUGCAGAGAGUUGCCAAACACUCUGGGAGGGAAACCCUACAACCUGCUGACACAGAAUCCAGCUGGAGAUCCAGAUGAUGUUGAUUCAAUUGAUGUAGCAGGUGAACCCAGUGGUCCAGAGGGAAGUGAAACAGUGCUGACCCCCCUGCAGCCAAUGUCACCUAGACGUCAGGCUCUGCUCAGCAGCCAGUGCUACCAACUGAGUGAUACUGACUGCUGGGACCUGCCCAACAACUACACCAAGAUCAAACAGCUGGAGGAAGAGCAGGAACUCAAGGAGCAGAAAGACAACGUAACUCUGUUCCAGGAGUUGCUGGAUGAGCCGUGUUACCCAGCUAAGGUGACCAUGCCAAGCCCCAAACGCAUCAAAUACCCCACCUGCAAGGACAGCAAGAAAGAAGUGAUCACGUAAGGCCAAACUUUGAGACCUCACGCUGAUCCAACCGAACCAGC